GAAAGGCCUCGUGAGGUAAAUAAACAAAACAAGCAGGCUAUUAGCAAUUAUAUCCUUUUAAAAAACAUUAAACGUCAUAUGCGACUGAAAUAUACCAACUUACGUGUUCAAAGCGAACUAUCUUACGCGAUAUUAACAUUACUGACGGUAACUAGUUCUGUUGGCGGAGGUAGAUUGCAUGGUUGCGAUUUGUUGUUUCCAAAUGUGGCAAGCGCAGCGUAAGUUCAGUUGAGGUUUGAUUGAUGGACUGUAGGCGGAAACUAUACGUUGUAAACUUUGUACGAUGGUCGUGAAGGGCUAGUUUUGGGGGUUAUUUUUGUAGCUCACAAACCUCAAACCGUGGCUUUCGCACAGAAAUAUAUAUAUCCGUCCUUAAACUCCAAGUCCGAGUUGUCUGUUGAGUUGAGCUAAUGUUUCUUAGCCUAGCAUAUGUGAGGCAAGUUCGCUAUUAAGUGAAGCGAUCUGUUUGGAUUUGAUCUGGGAUCUGCUCGGAUCACUACACCUAACGUUACCGCAGGCUGCCGUAGGGCUGGGAGCAGGUCAGUGUGUCAGCGAUGUUAGGGGGAAACGGGACGGCCAGAGGGGCUGGACGCUCAGGUAACGGCACGGGGUUGACUCCUCUACAGGUGGGCAGCACAUCUGGGGCUUUAGGGGCAGUAAACUCUGCCAUGAACUUGCCCGAUGGGGCCAGAUACGACGACAGGCCGUCGGUUGAGGCUGUGCUGAGCGGUUCCGAUGGAGACUCGGAUUCCGGGGAUGAUGAAGAGAGUUCCGUGGUGGACAGGAGAGGAGUGAAGCGGGAGAGGAGUGAGAUGGAGGUCGGAGGAUCCUCGGGAUCCAACGCAGGACUGUCGGCGGGGUAUGGAGGGGUUUCCACCGGGGUUGCUGGUGCGAAACCCGGCAAGAAAACACGAGGACGGGUGAAAAUUAAGAUGGAGUUUAUUGACAACAAGCUGAGGAGAUACACGACCUUCAGCAAGAGAAAGACUGGCAUUAUGAAGAAGGCUUAUGAAUUAUCCACCCUAACGGGGACGCAAGUUUUGCUCCUGGUUGCCAGUGAGACGGGCCACGUGUACACGUUUGCCACGCGAAAACUUCAGCCCAUGAUCACCAGUGAAACAGGUAAAGCCCUCAUCCAGACCUGCCUAAAUUCCCCUGAUUCUCCGCCCCGUACGGACCCUUCAACAGACCAGCGGAUGAGUGCCACGGGAUUCGAGGAGACAGACCUCACCUACCAGGUCUCAGAGGCUGAUGGUCUCACAGAGCCAAAGGAAAUGAUCAAGCCGACGUUCACGGCUGCCACUUUACCCGGCGGCGGCACCAGCACCAACAGCAUCACCACGCAGUCGUCGGCCUCUUCCUCUCCCUCGUCCUCCUCGGUGUCCAUGCACACUCAGAGCAGCGGCGCGUCGCUCUCCAGCACCACCUGCUGGCCCAUGAACGCUCAGAGCGUCUCCAGUGCCAACGGCACGGUGCUCAAGAGCUCUCCCGCAGGAGUCAUGCAGCUGCCCGGAGGAUUCACGCUCAUGCCAGGCGCUUCUCUUCCUCCCGGCACACACACUAUUCCUCUCAGUCAGCUGCAGACACACUCUCUGGCCAUUCAGUGUCCACAGACGCAAAACAGCAGCACCGCAGCCGCCAGCGCCGUCCCCGCACACACACAGGCCGCCACGCAGGCCACGCUCUUCCGCCUGCCGGCCGCCGUCUCGCUCACAGGUGGAGCGAUGUCUCAACAGUUACAGGCCAUCCAGGUUCACCCCAGUCCUCAAAGCAGUGACAGCAGUCCAGAGAUCAGCCAGACCUCCACCAGCUCCACUGUGAGCCACACCGCUACUAUAGUCACUUCCUCAGUGCCUUCUUCAGUGGCCGGUCACAUGAUGUACCCCGGAGCGCACGUCAUGUACGCUACAUCCACCCCUACCCUUGCCGACGGGGGUCUAACUGUGCUCAAUACCUUCCCACAAGCGCCCGCCGCGAUGCACGUGUCCCACACGCAAGCCCAAGACUCAGGUGCAGUUCCUCAGAUGUUUCUCACGGGACCUCCUGGAACUGUACAGAUCCCAGUUUCAGCCGUUCCACUACAUUCGGUAAUAUAGAUAACAAGAAAACAAACGUACAGAAAUGCUCUCUGUUUGUUUUUUUUUGUU